UAUUAAUAUUGGACGGGCACGCAUCCCAUUGUAAUGCUAUUGAGCUAUUAGAUUUAGCUAAUGAAAAUGAAGUAGUUAUUUUGUGUCUCCCCAGUCAUACGACACAAGCUCUUCAACCCUUGGACAGGUCUUUUUUUAAGCCACUUAAAACUUAUUUCUUUCAAGAAGCAAAAAACUGGAUGAUUCAAAAUAAAAAUAGAAAGCUAUCCAGAAUAAAUAUUUCGAGAUUAAUUGGGAAUGCAUGGGGAAAAGCGGCAACCGUCGCGAAUGCCACAUCUGGGUUCAGAGCUUGUGGUAUUUAUCCAUACAAUCCUCAGGCCAUUCCAGAACAUUUUUUCUCAUUUCGGACGCCAGUAUCUCAGCCGCUAGCGCAACUAAAGCUCUUCCUUCAACAUCAAAUCAUUCUAAUUUAACUCCAGGGCCAAAUAAAGCUCAACCUUCUACUUCCUUCUCUCCUGGACAUACAAACAUGGGUGUUUCUGAUAUGUCUACCGAUUCUCAAACCUCCAACGAAGCCUCAGAAGUUUCAUUAAAUUUAGAAGAAAAAGAAACUCCUUCAAAAUUUUUAAGAGAAGAUAACCCAAUUCCUCUAAUACCUAAUACAAUUCCGAAAAGGAAACAACAUGCUUUAGAACUGACGUCUCCUGAAAAUCGGGUUAAAAGACGAGUAUUCUCAGAGAAAAAAAAACAAGCUCAAGAUAAAAAAGACAAACGAAAAAAGCCGAGCGAAAAUGAGAAAAAAUUAGGAGGAAAGCCUGCGUUAAACAAGUUAAAAGAAAACAAAAUGUAUCAAGUUCGUCUUCGUCGGAAACUGAACCACAUUUUAGCUCCUCUGAAGACUUAUCUGAUGACACUGAUGAUUACUGCCUUGAAUGUCGCGAAUACUACUACACCACCAAAUCUAAGGAUGCCGAACGAAUACAAGCGAAAGACGAAUCGGGGAUUCCGGACGACCGGGAUAUGGCCAUUGAACACUGAAAUAUUUCGUGAAGAGGAGUUUUUGCCCAGUCAGGUGACCGAUCGAGCACUGCCACCAACAGUACUUGUACAGGAAGAUUCCGUUGUUCAAACUAAUGAUCCUGAAGUUCCAAGGACCAGCAGAGAAGCCGAACGUACUCCAAGCCCACCGAUCAAAGAUUCACUCUAUUAUAAUCCCACUGUUUCUAAUACUAAUGCAAAUGCAGAAGUAUCAUGCACUCCCACAAUUUUGUCUUCAAAUCAAGACGAUGCUCCUACCCCUGAUUCACUUUAUCCUAUGCCAUCAACUUCGAAGGUAUCUAUUACGUCGUCAGCCAUUAAAAUACCUGUUACAAAGCCCCCUGUUACGUUGGGAGAGAUACCAGGCUCAGGUGAAAGUGAAGUACAAUCUCAAGACGAUCAGGAUUCAAGUUCUGACUUUGAAGAUGACACUAGACCAAAAUUGUUCUUCCAGGAAGAGAUAAAUGAUUUCUUGAGAGAUCUUGAUGUUCCCAAAGAUGCUGCUGAGUUGCUUGGAACUCGACUCAAUGAUAAGAAUCUAUUACUACCUGGAGAGCCUUUAUCUUGGUUCAGACAUCCUGAAAAGAAUUUUUUGCCUUACUUUACCAACAAAGAUCAGUUCACCAGCCCAUUUGUAUUAAAAAAUAAACUAUUAAAUGAUAAACAUGACCCCACAUAUUUUUAUAUGCACUACUUAUCCCUCUUACGCGUAAGACCUCGCAAAAAGUUGAUACCCAACUUGUGA